AUGAGCCAAGCGAAACCGCCUGCAGGCCGGGAUGACGAGACCCAGGCAUUAGCGGUAGCUAGAGCAGAGGAGGAACUGCUGAGAAAUUUCCAGCGCAACAAGCAGAAGAUGCAACACUCGCCUCCCGCGAGCAUGCCAGAGAAGCAACCGGUGUCGGCACCGCCAAAUGUGCAGGGACCCGUGUUUGUUUUCGCCGAGACUGAGGAGGAAACGGCUACCCCGAAGAGAAGCUGGGAUGCCGUGAGCCCCGAUGUGAACCAGUCAGGAGCGCACAAGAAGCAGAGAGUGGACACUAGCGCACCAGCACUAGCCGAAAAGCUGGGGAAGAUGCUAGACGAGAUGACCGCCAAGUUCACGGAUACCAAGACCAACAACAAAAAGGUGGUCCGCCACGUCACCCAGGGGACAAUCGACUCCAUGCUGGCGAUGAAAAAGCUGCAGGUCGACAUCAGUGCAGCGCUGGCCGAGGGCCACACCAAGGGCUCUACCUCGAGCGUAAGCCAGCAGACCACUCCCACGCUGACAGCCACGAUCCCCAAAGCGGCUUGUACCACCGGGCCAGGAAAUUCGGCAUGGCAACAGGUCAGGGCCAAGCCUAAGCCCAGAAAUCCCCAACCGAGACCGGAGAGCAGCGAACUCAAAGGGAUUCGAGCACCAAACGCUGUCAUGCCCAGGAAGCAGCGGGCCGACGCUAUUUUAAUAAAAUGCAGCGAAGGCUCGUACGCAGAUAUGCUGAAGCUGGUCAAAACUGAGCCCUCCCUCCAGGGACUCAAAGAUAAUGUUCAAGGUUUGCGAAGAACUGCAAAUGGCGGACUUCUAUUGAGAAUGCAGAAGCCUCAGGACCCGUCCACACAGCAGCUGCAGGCAGCACUCAGGACGGCCAUAUCCGAUAAAGCAGAGGUGGCGGUCAUGCAGGAAACUGUGCAAGUGGAGAUUCGCGACCUGGACGAGAUGACCAGCGGCGGAGAAGUCACUAUGGCUCUGUUUGCCGGAGAGGAUUGCGACAUCCCAAGCAACGCUGCACCUAGGAUGCGAAAGGCGUUUGGCGGCACGCAAACAGCAACCGUCAGCCUCAGGCCUGAUCAUGCGCGGAGACUGCUCGAUAAGGGCAAAAUCCGAAUCGGAUGGGUCGUCUGUCGCAUCAGACAGAAGACCGAGCUAAGGAGGUGCUUCAAAUGCAUGGGCUAUGGGCAUACCUCGACGAGAUGCAGGGCCUCAGACUCAGUAGCCAAGGCCACACAAAACUCCUGCUUCAGAUGCGGGGAAGAAGGCCACAAGCACUACACGUGCCAAGCUAAGCCCAGAGCUGCCCAAGAUCUGCUGUCACAGACGGUUUUCGAGGAGAAAAUUGACAUUGCUGUACUGAGUGAACCGUACAAGUCAAAGGCAGAGGGAGUAUGGCAACAGAGUGCGGAUGGUGGUGCAGCCAUAUGGAGCUGCGGGCAGUCCCCCGGACACCUGUCGCAGAGGGCGUCGAGACCUGGCUAUGCAAGGGCCAAGGUCCAAGCAACCACCAUCUAUAGCUGCUACCUAGCCCCGAGCUUGCAUAUAGAUGCCUUUAGAGACAUCUUGCAGGAGAUCGCCCGAGACGCCCGCGGAAGAUCCCCAGUACUAUUCGCUGGGGACUUCAAUGCGUGGUGGGGGAGCUCGAAAACGACUCAGCGGGGAACCAUCCUUCUGGACGCCCUGGCCACAUUAGACCCCGGAGCUCUGCCGGACCAGCCACUGAAAGGUCACGGAUUUGCUCACAUACAGCGACCACGCAGCCAUUAUCACCCAGACGACGCACAGCCAGCAGAGCCCGUCUCUCCGGCAAUCUGCGUACAAGGUACACAUGGCAACGUCAUCACUGGCGACGCCAACACCUGCGCCGACAUAUUAGCUGCGAAAAUCAAGGCUGCUUGUGAUGCCGCCAUGGCGAGCUCCACUAGAGAAAAUGGAAGGAGACCAGUCCCCUGGUGGAAUCAAGAGAUAUCCGUCGCCAGGAGCGAGUGCCUCUCUGCAAGGCGAAGAUGUCAACGAAGUAGAGGGCGUCCCACGCAAGCGCUGUUCGAGACACGCUACAAGGAAAAGAAAAAAGCCCUCAAAAUCGCUAUUAAGACGAGUAAGAGCAGGUGCUUCCAAGAGCUGUGCGAUGCAGCAGACCAGGAACCCUUCGGCUCGGCCUACAAGCUGGUCAUGGGCAAGCUCUACAGACCGCCGACUCCAACCUCCCAGGAACAACUUGGAGCUAUAAUCUCCACGCUGUUCCCGUCGCAGCCGCCCCUCGUGCUGCCAAACAUAGCUGCGAGUGAAGCGAUCUUCACCAACGAGGAGGAAAAGUAUUUCCUCCAGUAG